AAAUCAAAACAAAUUUACUGAGAACUAUCACAGCUGCUGUAGAUCAUAAAAAAAAAAGUGAGCUGCGUUUUUCUUUAUAUUACUUGGUAUAUCUUGUUAGUUUUAUGUUAUUCAAGCAUGGGUCUUAACGAAUUCGUUGAAAUUCAUUGAUUUUAAAUGCUGGGCAAAUUCUGGGUUUUGGGAGUACACAAGACUUGGCGGUUAUGGAAGCAGAUAUUAGCAUACAGAUGGAUAGGGAGGUGAAUGAUUGGACUGCAACUCAGUAAUUGCAUUUUUCAGCAAAACUCGAGGAAAACAUGCUCUGAUAGCCUUGUCACCGCUUUAUGGAAUAAGAAUUCUGUCAAAUGGUUCUCGGUAGAUUCUGUAAGCAAUGCAGGUGGGAUUUUGGUGUUGUCGAAUGAAAGUACAUUCAAGGUGGAUUCAAUUGAAUAUGGAGGGCAAUGGUUAGGAUUAUUUGGGUUGCACGUUCAACUGGACCUCAAAUACGCAGGGAGUUCCAUUGCUGAACGCAGGAUUUUAUGGGAAGAACUUCUAAUCCUCCAAUCUGCUUUCGAAAUCCCGUUGUUUCUUGGUGGGGACUCUAAUGAAACACUAAAUCAGAAUGAUAGGAGCAGCCGAUGCAUGAAUGAAGUUGGUUCAAGAGAUUUCAGUUCUUUCCAUUCAUCUUCCGACUUACUGGAAUACCCUCUCAGUGGUCAUCGUUACACAAGGUUCAGUGGACACUCAAUAAGUUGUGUUGACAGAGCAUUUGCCUCUCCAGAAUGUCACUUGAAGUUUUCAAUGCUGACUCUAACACGUCGUUCAAGGGGUCUAUCUGAUCACUGUCAAAUGAUGCUAGGAGUGCAAAAUCAGGAUUGGGGCUGGAAACCAUUUAAUUUGGUCCUUUAAUUGUUGGGUUUCUCGACCCAUGUUUAUGAAGACAGUAGAAUCGUUUUGGCAUGAAUGCUGUCUAGAACACAUUGGCAGAUUCAGAAUUGUACGAAAGUUGAAUCUUAUGGAUAAUAAGCUUAGAAGGUGGAAUUAAUAGCACUGACUUUCAGAAUCAGGAUAAUCAGUUGUUACAGCUACAAAGUGCCAUUCAAAAACUGGAACAUGAAGGGGAGGAUCGACAGCUUGCGGAAGCAGAGAUUACAGAGACUCCACUAAAAACUCUGGGAAGUCAUUAAAUGCGUUGAAGCGAUAUGGAGGCUAAAGUCACGGCAUAAUUGGUGUAAGUUUGGAGACAAACACACAAAAUUCUGGAAACAAAUAUUAGGAGGGGAAGAAAUAAUAUCACAAGUAUUCUUCAUCAUGGGCUCAUCCACACCUCUCACAAGGGUAGUAAGGAGGCUGCAAUAUCUUUUUCCUAUAAGGUUCAACAUGGGACAAGCAACAUGUCACGCAAUAUCUUCCAAUCAAGCAAGGUAACUGGAGCAGGAGGUCAAGAAGCAGUAUGGGACUGUGAUGAUUCGAAGCCCCCCAUGGCUUCACAUUCAGUUUCUACAAAAAGGCUUGGCACUUGAUUUGAGAUGCUAUAUUUGAUAUGGUGACUGAAUUUGUCAGAGUUGGAAAAUUGCCUAAAGGGAUCAACACAUCACAUGUAGCAGUAAUCCUUAUAGUCAACAGAGUUCAGACCAAUCAGUUUGAUGCAUGGACUGCAUAAGAUACAUGGAAAAUUACUCUUAUGAGAUUGAAAGCUAUCUUGCCAAGCAUAAUCAGCCCUACUCAAAGAGCUUUUAUACCAGGAUGAUAAAUAUUAGAUAUGGACUCAUGAUGGCAAAUGAAGUACUUCAUGGGGUGAAGAAGAGUGGGAAGAAUGGGUUUAUUAUGAAGGAUGAUUUUCAUAAGGCGUUUGACAUCGUUGCUUGGGAAUAUUUGGAGGAAGUAAUGUCUUACAAUGGAUGUGGCAAGAAGUGGAUAUCUCUUGUUUCAUAAUGUAUUUCUGGAUCUAAACCUUCAACACUUAUCAAUGGCUCACUUGUAUUACGUUAGGGUGACCCCCUAUUACCAUUAUUGUUUGAUAUAGCAGUGGAGGGGCUGACAAUCCUUUU